AUGGAUGACAGUCUCUCCAGACUUGAAGAGCAGGCGCGCUCGAUCGAGAAGACAAUCCCCUCCAAAUCCACCGGCAAAGCAGUGCUGGAUGCCACAAUCAAGACUGCUGAGUUGUACUUCCAGGCUCUGCGCCUCGCUGACACACCUUCAGACAAGAAGAGGCUUGACGCCAGGUUCAACGAACUUCUAGCACGAGCCGAGCGGCUCAAGGCCGCCCAGAAUGAACAUCAGAGCCCUGUUCCCGCGGUAGGACCAAGGGAGCUCCUCAUACCACCUGUCUCCAGACGCGAGCUCACCACGAGAGAAAAGAUCAUACUGUUGGAGGGCGGUAAAUUGAAUGGUUUCAAGUUCAACCCUUGGACGGCUCCACCGUCGUCGGAUGAAUUUGAGCUUCAUGAUGGAGGACCUCUGUUCACAGACUCAACCUCUCUGCCUCUGUCUCCAGGCCAGCUGGAAUCAUUUGACGGUUGGAGACGACCACAACAAGCCCUGCCGUCUGUUCACAGCAACUUAAAUGGUCAAAAUGGUUCCAGCGGGGCCCUCAUGCAUUUGCCUGAGCCCAUGGACCUCGUGCAAGAUAUGACAUCCGACUGUUCGGUUGUUGCAAGCCUUUGUGCUCUAACGUCCAGAGUAGAGCGCGGCUUUCCAAAGAUACUUCGAUCCGUAGUACAUCCUUUCGAUUACGAAACUGAUCGAAUGAUAUUGUCGCCUAAUGGAAAAUACAUUUUGAAGUUGUAUUUCAAUGGUUGCUGGAGAAAGGUAGAGAUCGACGACUAUUUGCCUUCCUCCAAGACUAGCCGAGUUCUUCAUGUGAUUGAUCGCCGACAUCCUCGAUUAUUAUGGCCGGCCUUGGUUGAGAAAGCAUAUCUGAAGGUCCGUGGUGGCUACGAUUUUCCUGGGAGCAAUUCCGGUACGGAUCUAGCUGUUCUUACGGGAUGGAUUCCUCAACAAGUCUUCCUUCAUGACGAGGAGGUUGAACCAGAUACCUUGUGGGAAGAAAUUAUUACCCACUUCCGAAGAGGAAAUGUUCUCGUCACAAUUGGCACCGGCAAAUUGCCUCGCCGCGAGCAAAAGCACCUAGGUCUCGCAGCAGAACAUGACUACGCCGUCCUGGACAUGUCCGCUAAUGGCCAUGUCAAAGAGAUGCUUGUUAAAAAUCCGUGGGCUGAUGGUGAUGUCUGGCGGGGGGCAACAAGACGUCGACCCAACAGAAACGAUGAAGCACCUCCAGCCGACCCCUCCGAAAAUGAGGAGAUGAUGCCCGGUACUUUCUGGAUGGACUUCAACAGUGUCUUCCAAUACUUCGAGAACAUGUAUCUCAACUGGAAUCCUGGAUUGUUUUCACACCGAGAAGACCUUCACUUCUCGUGGGACCAGGCCAAGGCUACUUCAACUGCCAAUUUGGUUGUCGACAAUCCUCAGUUUGCAGUAACAGCGUCUGAUAGGGGCGAGGUUUGGUUGCUACUCCACCGACAUUUCCGAACAGGAGACUACACUCGAGAGACUACUAGGGAAAACGGAUACAUCGGCCUCUACAUAUAUGCUCGUGAUGGCAGCAGAGUUAUUUCAAGUGAAGGUGCAAAGAUACGCGGACCAUUUGUGGACUCUCCCAAUAUCCUUCUAAGGUUCAAGGCUACAGCCAAAUCGGGCUAUACUGCAGUUUUAGUAUCACAGAAUCUACCCCCUGGGAAAAUGAACUUUACCAUUUCGGCUUUGUCAACAGGUCCAGUAGCACUAUCGGAAGCACGACUGCAAUAUCCUCAGAAGUCCAGCCUCAGCUGCGCCUGGAACAGAUCAAAUGCUGGAGGAAACUCAGAUUCGGCAAAUUACCUGUCCAAUCCCCAAUUUCGAAUGUCCUUGUCUACUACACAGAGGAUUGCACUAGUGCUGAGAAUUAUCCACCCUGAUAAGCCUGCCACUGCAGCAAAGUCCGAUAUCAACGUCAAAAUUCUGGUACUCUUUAGCGACGGCUCAAGGAUUACCCGCCUUCGCCUGCGGGAUGUCCUCGCGCAUUCAGGAGACUACCGACGAGGGAGUGCAGUUGUGGAAACCGAGCUAGGACCCGGUAACUAUUCGAUCAUCUGCUCUACAUUUGAUCAAGGCCAGUAUUCGGAUUUCUGCCUCGACCUCUACUCGUCCUCACCAGCGGGCAAGGGUGCAACUUUGACUCAGCUCCCAGCGGAAGGCGCGGGACGACUGAGCAUCCAAAGUGCGCCGGCAGUCUUCACAAAUGGCACGAACCGGCUGCUCGCGCCUCUUACGGUUUUGAGAAUGUCUCGAAUUUUAUUCAUCGCGCGAUACGAAAGUGCUAGCGCUGCGCGAGCGAAUUCCUCCCUCUUCAAAAUGACUCUUGAGCGAGGUCAAGGACCGUAUAAAGAGAUUAUCGCGACCAGCGAGAUUGACAGCGAGGAAUUCGGCACUGUCUCGUCAGGUCUUCGGAUCGUCGAUGUAGAUCUGCAGCCUUUGCUGUGCGGGCCGGGCACUGGUGGCCUGUGGCUUGUUCUGGAGCGGUUGGCGCAGGGUAGCCAGGGAAAUGAGGAGGACAGGAUGGCGGGAAAGAACGAUGAGACAUUAAGGGUGGAGAUGUUUACAGAUGAGAGAGUUGAUUUGGGCGCUUGGGGCCGGGGGGACGGUUGA